UUUCAAAAACUGAAAGAUAAAAAUUCCAAUUUGCAGACUCUAAAAAAAAUGCUUCCAUUUUUCUCUGGAAAAUUUCGAAUCAAAAUCUGGGGCAGAGACGAGGAAACGCUCAUUUCUUGUGUCUGUGGAGAGAGGAAAAUCUAGAGAGAGAAGUUUUCCCCCUAUUUCAGAGAGAGAAAGUGGAGAGAGAAAGAGAGGAGGAACUUCAAUUGAAGCUGAAUCUCUUUGUUUGCAAGGAGAAAUUGGGAGAGAAAAAGAAACAAAGAAGGCGUUGUGCGAUAGUGGCAGUCGGGAAGUUUAAUGUUCGAUUUCGAUUGCGAUCGAUUGCAUCCACAAAGGAGGCGGCGGCGAACUGGAAGAGGCGAACUGGAAGGAGCGUGGUAGAGCUGUAAUAAAAUUCGCCGAAGAUGAUUGUGCAACCAGAGGCAUGAUUACGGAGAUCGCGAUUGAUGUAGUGCUGAUGUGCUUUUUAGAUCACACCACUCUUGAGAGGGAUUUACCAGAUGCAAGAUUCUAUAGAUGAGAUGGAUAAUAAUAAUCAGAAGCAUAUGGCUGAGAGAAGAUUUGGUAAGCGUUCCAUGAAUAGGAAAGGUCGUACAAGAGCAGAGUCUGGAACCUGUAACGUUUGCUCUGCUCCCUGUUCUUCUUGUAUGCAUCUUGACGCAGGUCUGAUGGGGCUAAAGUCUGAUGAGGUUUCUGAUGAAACCUGUCGUGUAACUGUUGGUAGUCAGUCUUCGGUUAAUGGGGAUGAGGUUUUGCCUUCUUUCAAGGUUACGACAUGUGAUAGCGUACAGAAUGCUACAAGUGAAGCAAGUAACCUAGCCAGUGUCAAUUCAAGUCAUGAUUCUUUCUCUGAAAAUGCUGAAAGUAAAGCAAUUUUCAGGUCUUCUGAUGCAUGUGAUGCUUUGGAAGGUGUUGUUGACAUGCUUCCCAAGUUGUCAUCUGGUGGAACAGGUGCUGAAAAUCAACUUCCUCUGGUUCCAAAGAGUGUUGUAGAUCAGAGAGCCUUCUCAGAUAAGUGUGAGGGUUCAAAAAAUGUGGAAGGCCAUGGUGAUAACAUAUCAAUUGUUAGUAGAGCAAAUGAUGCAAGUCUAGAAGUUGGUUAUAAUGAGAAUGUAGGAAGUAAGAAUUCAUUACAGAGUCCAGCUGCGGUUACUGGUUUAAUUUCAGAUGGAUCUGCCAGGGAGCUACUUUCCCAGAAGUUAGACUUGUCCGAGGGUCCUCCCUUAAGAAGAGACAGUUCUGGUGGCAGUUCACCAAAGAAUGCAUUGUACCAGCCUCAAUGUGUCAACUUCUCAAGUGGAGGAAAUUCUGGAGUUUUGAAAUCAGAAGCUGAGAAUAACAAGAAUAGUGGGGAUAGAUCAGACAAAGCCUUUAAACGCUCUGGCCAAGGUGAACCUGAUGAGAGGCCCAUUGAAAUGGUUCGGUUAAAUGAAGUACAGGAGCCCCCUUCUCAAGUUUCCUCUGGAGAUGACAGUGAUGACUCAGAGAUGGUGGAACAUGAUGUGAGUAAGGCUGCUCUCAAUUGUUUUUAG